UUUAAAUGUAUAAAAAAACUUUUAUUCAAGUGCAAUGGAUAAAAAAGUUCAACAAGCAAUUACUUAUCUACUGCUCUUGAUCGCCGGUGCAACUGGUUUAAAAAAUUUAAAAAUAAGUGUGCCGCCAAUGGUCCGUUCAGGCGACGCAGUAACUUUAUCAUGUAUCUACGAUCUUCAGGGUCCUUUGUAUACGAUUAAAUGGUACUUCAAUGACCAAGAAUUUUAUCGUUUUGUUCCAAAAGCGAUGCCAACUCAAAACAGUUAUUCAGUACAUGGUAUGAAAGUUAAUAUCUCGACCUCAGAUGAGAAUAGCGUCACGCUCAUCAACGUCUCGAGGGAGCUGACGGGACUUUACAAAUGUGAAGUAUCUGAAGACUUACCAACGUAUCACACAGCCAUGAAGGAACAGCAAAUGCAAGUGGUUGAUGCCCCAGAUACGGAUCCAGUGAUACUUGUAGAUAAGCAUCGGGUUGAACCAAACGAGAUACUAAAGGCAAACUGUACAUCAGGAGCAUCACAUCCUGCACCAAAUGUCACGUGGACUCUCAACGGAGCAGCACUGAAUAACGCCACGAUGGAAUUCAAAAUCCGUAGUCGGAAAAUCCCAAAGGACAAGAUGCUGAUGACCUGGUCUGGGCUCGAGCUCAAAGCAUCCAGUGGACUCUUUCAUGACAGUAGACUGAGAUUGCGGUGUUUUGCAAGCAUCAAUGGAAUUUAUACAGCGACUGCAGAAUAUGAAGUCGCUGAGGACGCGCCGUUACUUGCUCCUAUCACUGGUGAUGCAUCUCCUCAUAGGGGUAAGAAUGGAUGUGAAACUACAUUGUCCAGGACACUCGAGGACCGAUGGAUGAGGAUACUCUGUCUGGUAGCCAGUGCAAUACUAUUGUCCAAGCUCAAUAGGUAGCUUUAUUCAUCAACGGACAUCAUCGAUAUACGAUUAACAUCGUCCAUGUAAAACCUAGUAGUCUAGGGCUUCCAGUUAUUAUAUAUAUUUAUUGUAUGUUAAAACAUUAACUAUUUAUGACGUAGAUAGACGACGAAUCAUUUUUAUCCGAGAGUAUAAAUAAUAACAAAUAAUAAUAAUAAUAAUAAUAAUAAUAAAUAAUAAUAAAUA